CCGUGCAUUACCACAAUAUGCGCGUUGGCAGGUGCUUGCCGCCAUUUAUCCGACACGCGCGGCACCAACGAGUCUAUUCGACUCACAGACGAUUGACGAACUAAACGCGACAGUCGACACUCGCACGUCCCUUUUUUAACAGAUUAAAAAUAAUCAUGUAACAUGUGUAUGUGGUUCAAACUUUUUUGUGAUAAAUUAUAUUAAUGAAUCUCCCAAGCGUUUGUACGUGCCGAUAGAGAGAACGGUUCUUUUGACCACGAUGACGUCAUAAGGUUGAGAAUGCUGCAGAGAUGUACUGCUGCAGGCUAGCAUGGCCCUGCUGCUGUUGCUGGUGGCAGUCGCGGGCGCAACGAGCCUCGGAGACCUCACGAGAAAGGAUUCUGGAGACGUCUUCACUAUACUUGAUGGUGAAUGUGGUGCUGCAAGAUGCGCGGAGCACGGAGCUGGAAAAGGCGUAGAAGACCUCGAGUGCUCCUGCGCGUGUCCCCAACGAGCUCCCCUGUUCAGAGAGGACAGGGAAUUGUGUGUUGACGACCUACCAGAAUGCUCCCUCGCAACUUUCGGCACUGGUCUUGGCACGCAGAGGAUACCCUUCGUUUAUCUCCCAUUGAAGGGUCAAAUAAUCCAUCCAUCCAGAGAAAUUACUUUUCAAAAUGUCAAGACUCCAAUAUGCGCAGUUUCGGGAGCACAGUUUUUAACACGAAAGGGAUUCCUCGAUCUUAGGAAUACACUCGACGCUGAUGUUCCGUUUAAUUUAUUCCGUGAUGAAGGCAGAACAUUUCUUCAGUGGAGUGGGGAGGACGAAGUGCGCAAGCGCAUGUCAGGUCGUAUGAUGGUGGUCAGGCUGCUGUGUCGUGAUAUAUCCGCCGCAGCGUCUUCGCCGCUCGACCUUCGUGGAGUAUUCACGCCAUGCGUUGCAUUCAGAGUCCAGGGAACACCGCCUCGACAUUCCAAUAAUAUAACCGAAGUUCAGUUUGCACCAAACGUACAGACAUCAGAAGGCUCGACAGCGACUGGUUUAACUGUAUCAGAAUAUAUAGCCAUUGGUAUCAGUUCCUUGCUUUUAGGUUUAAUUUAUGUAGCAUCUGUAUUUUUAUAUCUACACAUUAAAAAGAAAAGGAAUGCAACGGCAAAAGAGAACGGCUUAAGAAAACUUAAAGGACUGAAAAAGGAUGGCUUGACUAUAACGGAACGUGAUAUAAUAAGGAUAAACAAUGAACGUAUACAAUCCCUGCCAAAUGUUAUGGGUCAAGAUGACGGUGUUGUCAAAAAAAAUCCACUAUUGAGUGUAGGACGGCAGUUUGAUAACAAAACGUUUCCUAGUGAUCUCUCUGAUUCAGAUGAUUUUGCGGACACUUUGCGCAAGGAUGAUAAUUCCUGCCAUAAUCAACUAACAUCAGCAGUGAUACACAGACAUAUAGACUUGAAAUGUGAUAAUGUAGAUCAUCACAGAGAAGAGAGUAUUGAAAGAUUACCAGACGAACAUGUCAGCAUUGUAGAAACUAUAGAUGAUAGAGAAAUAACGCGACCGGUUGGAACCACACGCCGGAAACUUUACUUCAACCCAGCAUACUUUGAACCACAACUAAUGGCUGAUCCCCCUCCUGCAGCUAUUGAGUUUCUCUCAAAAAUUCGAGAAGUAAUAUCAAUCGCUAAGCAAAAGAUGGCAGCAAAACGUUUUCAUCCAGUGCUAAACGAAAUACCAGAAGAAGAAACAUAUCCUUCAAACGCAAACAGCAUAGAUAUGUACCACGGCGUGGGGAGCCAACGUAGUGGCAGCCUUGUUAGUUUGAAAAGAGAAAAUAGCAGGAAAAGAUCAACAAAUUGUAUGGGUUGCCCAGGAUGUAAAAACAAUGUAAGCAAUGAUAUUCAAAAUCUUGUUAAACAAAACGUUACAAAAUCAUGCACUAAUUGCUUCAACGAGAAAGGAGAGAAACAAAACAGUAUUCGGAAGUGGCUCGAAAACAUCCCAAAUGUCAAAAACUCACUUUUCUUCAACGAUAGUGACGCUCCAAACAAUUUAACGCAUUCACUGCAUGCCUUACCGAGCGAGGGAAGCCAAUGUAAAUUACAAAAACAAAAUAGCUUCUCCCAUGUGACGCACUCAACAGACAACCUCACGUCACACAGAUCCACAUCCCGUUCUGUGAGAUCUGAGCCAUCAUUAAGAAACUAUAAUAUACCUUUACCAGAAUUUAAUAGCGAAACCACUGAAAAUAACAACUACCUAACUAUGUCUCGUAUAAAUGAAUUAAAAAAUAUAGAAUUAAACGAAAGAGCGUUUGACGUACAAAAUGAAAGAGAAGUCUCGAGACAAAACAUGCAGACAUUGAAAAAUAAAAGUGGUUUACCCGACAUGGUCAACGAGGCUAUAGCACUUGAUCAUUUUUCAAAAUCUCUAUAUAAUACCAGCAGUUCAGAUGAGGAGAGAUGUUCUAGAAAUGCGCCAGAAAAAAGCAAUUCAGAUAGUCCUUCUGGAAACGAAUAUGAAACUGAUAGUCUUGAGAGGUCGUCUCAUAAGAGGAACAAAACUACGACCCUUGAUUAUCUUGAAGUACCGUCAUCUCAAGCUUCUCCGAGUUUAAGUACUGCUCUGCCGUUAGAAGAAGAACUAACUAUGAGAAACGCUGUUUACAAGACGCCCUCUAGUGGUAACAGUAAUACUCCGUCGCCCGAAGCACAUAUUGGCAUAGAAGAGAAUCACUAUGAGACUAUAGACGUUAAGAAAACUGACAAUAUCGAAGAAACGAUAGACAUUACGGUUAAGCCUAGUAAUAGUUACAGUUUAGUAAGCGAAGUAUACGUUAAUAAUAAUUACAAUUUUGGUAGUGCGCCUACUUCACCUAGUGGUUCGGAGUCUUCGAUGGGUAACAGAAAAUUGAUUCAAUUUAACAAUUCUGUAGCAAAACCUGGAUGUUUAACCAUAGAAUUAAAAGAUCCCCCUGAAAAUUAUAUCAAAAUUCACGAGUCGGAUGGCUUUGAACCAGACACUUUGGACCGUAAGCAUCUUAAACAUAAAGAAAGUGUAGAGAGUAUUCAAUUAGAUCGACAAGACUUCCUAACCGACUGUGACAAUUCCGAAAAAAGAGACAAAAAAAUUAAACUAGGAAGCAGCGAAACUUUCUGUAAAAAUAACGGACAAAAAGAGAAUAGUAACAAAUUUAACAGUUUAAGAAAUGACCACGAGCAUGGCUUUGAUCGAACUAAGUUGUCGCCUAUUUUGUACAGUGGUUCAAAAUCUCUUGAAACUGCAACUGAUGACACAUGGGAUGAUAACGCAGGUUGGAGUUCUGAGGAAGGCAGAAUAUUAACAUUAGAGCUUAGACACUCGAAGCGGCAACGACAAUCCACGCCACCGUCUAUAAAGCAAAUGAAAAAUUUGGCUCGACCUGAUAUUUUGCCUCCUCUACCGCCAACUGAGGACACCCCUAUAUACGAAAAGCCGACAAUCCCGCCAAAGAGGGUUCCAUACGGAAGCCCGGUACCACAAACCAUCACUGAAAAACGACAAAUAUUUCCGCGUAAUUCAAUAUCUUGUAGCUCAUUAAAAAUUGCAGAAACCGAUGAUAUGAAUAGUAUAAAAUUGUGCGAAAAUGAUCAAAGAUCAGAAAGUGGUCGUAACUGUAGGAGAGCAUCAAGCAGUUGUAGCAGCGUUGUAAAUACAAACACAUUCAUUAAAGGACAAAAAGCCGAGAGUAAUAGAACAAAAUUACGUCGCAGAAAAGGUUCCAACAUAGAAGAUUCCGGAUAUCUCAGCAGUGAUUCAACAUGUUCAAAACAGUUUCAAAGGAAAAUAGUAAUAGCGAAAAUUGACAGUUGUAGUGACAGUGACGAAACAGAAGACGAAGCUAGAAGUGAAUCAGGUGCAGAAAGUGUUGAAACACAUUCCGUAUAUUUUGGUAAUUGUCCUAGAUUACGUAAAAAUGAGGAGAGCAUCAAAAACACAAUUAAAACCACAAGGGACAGCAAACGCAAAGUUAUAGUUAAUAAUGAUGUAAAUAAUGAAUAAAAAAUGUUAAAUAGAAUAAAAUAUUAUUCCGUAGAUAUCAGUAGUCAAGUAAAAUACCUCUUGCGUAUUUAUUAAAUAAUAAGAAUUUUAUAGAAUAUAUUAUUAUAAUAUUAUCGUGUGUAAAUUUAUGACAUAAUGGCCGGUCGUGCAAUGCAAUAAUAGUGUAAUUAGCCUUAAGAAUUUUAUAUUAAUAAUAAUCUGUAAUAGUGCAUGAAAUGCAAUUAUAUUUACUAAAUAUUAUAUUUCUAAUUUCCGUUUUAAUAUGAUUGUGUAUUGUAUAGUAUCAUAAGAAUGGCUUCGUGCAAUAAAAUCAAUAUAAUUUAUUAUAUGACAAAGUUAUCUAAUGUAAAAUAACUUAAUUGGAGGUUAUAUUUUUAGUUAUGUAAAUAAAAAUUAUAGACAACUUUAUGAUAAUAUGAAUAAAAUAAGUAUUUUAAGUAAUUUAAAAUAUGUAUAUAUAUGAAGUUGUGGAGUCAGGCGGCAUAUUAAAGCUUCCUAGUACCUGACAAAUACAUAGAUUGCUCCGGAGAGAUUGCUCUCUGUUGUUCGCAGAGCGAAAUAUUAUUUUCAUUGUGAAAUGUUGGGAAUAACCAAAUGCCACGUUAUCAUGGUCUAAGCAAAUAAAAAACAAUAAAUCUAAGGCACAGGUGUUUUGUGACUUUAAUUAAAAGGUAGAAUAAAUUUGAUGAUACAUAUUUAUAACAAAAAUUUAAGAUUUUGUUUGAUUGAACUUUUUCCCGCCAAAAUAGUUACAACUAUGGUAUGUCAGUAAAAUGAUAAGUUAAAUUCUUGGUUUUUUCCAACAUUGAAGGGCAAGGUUGUGGGUUAUUUAUAUGUCAAUUAGGAUAACUUAUUAAUAAAAAAUAAGUUUUUUAUAGUUAUUGCUGAUGAAUGGUGCUAAUAGAAGGAAUAUUCGGGUAUUGAUAUUUAUAUUUUUAGUUAAAUUUAUUCGUAUGUUUAAAUUAGUGAAAAUCUAUAAUUUAUAAGGUAAUAAUAGGUUAUGUUGUCUUUGAAAUUAUAAUGCUCAAUUUUUUUAUAAUUUUAGGUAUUCGUUAACAUGUUUCUAUAAAUGCUCUCUUU